UUUCUUCUCAUUUAAAAGAUUUAAGGAAAUCAAACGUUACAAACAUUUUUUUCACACCAAUCAAUUCAGUUAGUUGAAUGUUUAGGUGCUAAAUAUUUGUGCAAAGUCGAAUGGAUUAGAAAAUGUUUACAACCUACCAAACAAGUUCGGACAGAUGUUUUCAUGCAAAAUUAAUGUGUAUUUUCAUUGUUUAUUUCUCCUAAAACUAUUAAUCGACCAGUAAUGGAGAGGGGUUUACGUGCAACAUCACCAGUGCAUGUACAUGUUGAAGAUGAUGUCCCCAUACAUGUUCAUGUGAAACAGAAAACUAAAACUAAAAAGGCAGCUGCAAAGACCUCAAGUACAAAUCUUGCUAGAUCUGGACGCACCAAGAAACCAUGCAGUGCCAAGGCUCGAGUGAAAAGUGCCCAAUCAGGUCCAUGGGUUCCUGCUCCUGCAAAGUCAUCAAGUCGUCAAAAGGUCACUUGGCAGGGUCCUACUCAUAGACUAGAAAUAAACCACCCUACCAGAGUGGAGGACCUUUCUACAGAUGAAGAAGAACAGGUCCAUGGUCAAAUGAGAGGUUAUGAAAAGAAAAUAGACAGCCUCAUGACUGAGGUUGGAACUCUCAAAAAUGAGGUAGAGCUACAACACACAUAUAAAGAACUAGAAGAAAGAGAAGAUAUGUUAGAGGCAUCUAAACAUGUGAUGGCUGAACAAUCCCGAGAACUAGACAAAACAAUGGAUGAAUUGACCUAUACAGAAAGAGAGAAUAGACUAUUGAGGAAGAGUGUAGAACUAUUAGCAGAUGAAAAAGAUGAAGCAAGAUAUGAUACAGAAAUAUUAGGUAGUGAGAGAGAAAGGCUGAUGAAGAAAUUAAUUGAGACAGAAAUGGAUGGGCAGGCAGCAGUAAAACAGAUUGGAGAGUUAAGAGAUGCUCUCAGAAGACUCAGAGAGGAAAACCGAAUUUCAUCUUCUGACAGCACUAGACUAUCCAGACACAAAGAUCUUUUAAUGGAAAAGAUGGCAGACUUUGAGGCUACAAAUAAAGCCUUGAGGAGAAUAUUAAGAGAACAACAUGAAUAUGAGGCAGCUGCUAUCAGACUUGGAGAACAAAGGGAUGUUCUACUGAAGAAAUUGUCUGAUUCUGAUAGAAGAAAUGAGAGGAUCCACAUAGAGUUGGAGGACAGAGACAGACAUAUUAGAGAGUUAAGAGGUCAAAUAUCAGCUCAACGGGAAGAGGUGACUACCCUCUCAGGACUACAGCAUUCCAUUGAACAAACACGAGCACACUUACAAAAACAAUUACGUCAGAAAGAAGCUGAUUGUAACAGAAUGGCCGUACAAGUCAGGACUGUUGAAAGUUCAAGAGCACAAGAUAAGAUAGAAAUAGAACAUUUGACAGAAAUGUUGGCUAAAGCUAAAGAUAAAGCAGAGAGAGACAAGGAAGCAUUGAAGAAGGCUACAAGAGUUCAGAAACAGAGGGCAACAAAAAGUCAUGAUGCUCUUGAACAGCUAAAUUCUCAACUUUUGGAAAAAGAUGCACAUCACGAGGAGUUACGCUCUCAACUUGAACAGAUCCACCCACGAUAUGAUAAAGUCUGCAAAGAAAAAUCACAAAUAUUGGCAGAGAAUUCCGCUCUUAAGACGGCCUUCCAAAGUUUUAUGGAGAUAUAUGAAGAAAAGACAGACAUUUCUAGAAGACUUGGAGAAGUAGAAGCCCUUAUGGACAGAGUAGAACAUUCAUCUAAAUCUCACACAGACACCAUUGUUGUAGAAUUAAGAGAAAAACAACAAGAAGUUGCAUACCUCAAGGCAGAUAAUGAGAAGUUGAAGUCAUCUAUCGCUACCAUUGAAGCCAAAUUUCGACAAGCAGAUGAAGAGUUGGUACAACUACGAGGAAAUCUGAAACAGUAUGAAAAUCUUGUUGAAGAGUAUAAAUCUCAGAUGAAUAAAUCUCGCCGUGAAGCAGAUGAAACAAUGGCAGAAUUAGAUGAGGCUAAACAAGAGUCCCACAUGGCUCAAAGAGAGGGAGAAAUAGAAUUAGAAAAGGUAAAGGUUAGGUUACAUCAGCGUCUUCAAGAGCUAGAGCCUUUACCAGAAAUGUUGAAAUCAUCAGAACUUAGGCUAUAUGAAAGCCAAGAACGGAUGAAUAUUUACGAGAAGAAAAAUGGAGAGAGUACAAAACUUAUAUCAGAGUUGACAGCUAAGGUGGAACAUGUAACAGAACAAAUGGACCAGAUGAGAAACAAAUGGCAUGACUCUCAAGAUGAGAACAAACUACUGGGAACCAAAGUCGAUGCUUUAGAAAGAAAACUGCGGGAUUCUGAGGACCACAAUAGAGACAUGUCCACAAAUAUUGCCAAAAGAGAUGAAGCUCUACAUCAAACAAAUCUACGAUUAGAAGAGAAAGUGAGAGAGAAUGCAGGUCUAACAAGACAACUUGAAAAUGCCUUGACAGAUCUCAGAAGACAAUCUGAAAAUGUUAGGGAUAAACAAGGACAAAAGGAAAGAACAUAUCAAGCCAGAAUCACUGAUUUGGAAUCUCAGUUAAGUCAAGCCAGGGCUGAGAUUGCUAAAGUUAGGAGAGAGAAAGAGGAGAGUGAAAGAAAAUUUAAUUCCCGAUUAUAUGAUAUCAAAGACAGAUUAGAACAGUCCCACAGCACAAACAGAAGCAUGCAAAACUAUGUACAGUUCCUGAAAAAUUCCUAUGCUAAUGUAUUUGGGGACAGUGUUACCUCAUAUCCACCUACACCAAUAAGCUGAGACAUGGACUGAAAUAUAGCUCAAACUAUAGUAUUAUAUCAUUAAAAAGUUAGUCUCAAGAAUAGAGUAAUACAAGGUUGUGUAUUGAAUCAGAAUCUUUAAGAAAGUAGACUCAACAGAUUUUAAACAAUUUGUCAGAUGAAUAUUUGUUGGUAGAAAUAAUCACAAAAGAAAUGUAAUGUAAAUAUGAAAGGUUGUGUCUAUCUUGAUGUUAUGUAUACUGUUGUCAUCUGUUUGACAUUCCUACAAUAAAUUCUAAAGAUGAAUUUUGUAUACUGACAUGUAGUUAUCCCUAGUCCAUAACAUAAUAACAAUGCUUUAAACCCAUUGCAGAUGUGUAGCUUUUUUAUUGAUAAGUUUUAAACAAUAAUCAAAUAUGUGUAAUUUUAUUUCUCUUUAUUUAUUAACAUUCUGCAAGUAUAAUUUUAUUAGAAUCACAAAGUUCUUUUUAAAUUUCUCUACAAUACAAACACCACUUUUGAUACUGUAGUUGAGAUUUGACAAGAAAGUUUCUCCUGUAUAAAUUGUGAUUCUUUUCAUGACAAAUCUUACUACAAAAAAUAAAUGAAUUGUUGCCUUUCAGAAUAACUUACAAUCAAAUUUAGUCUUAGGAUUUAUUUUUGAAAAGAUAUUUUGUUUUUCUUAUAUUGUUUGUAAUGAAGCAACUUCAUUUUCUUAUUUGCAAGGUGAAAGAUAGAUAUUUGUGUUGUUUUUAUACAUUUCUAAGUUCUAAUAAAGUGAAGAAACGCACUUAAAUCUUUAUAUUUAACAACUAUACUUCACUAGUCUGAUAUCAAUAAAUACUGGUGUAAAAAUUCAAUGCUUUUGUCUAAAAAUAUUUUUCUAAUAUAUCAAUUUUUAACUAUAAAACACUCAUUAGAUUAAAAACAAUUGUAACACAACAGAGGCGAGGCAGCUUCAUUGCAUAUUUUACAUACUGCCAGUUUUAAAAACAGAACUGCAGGUCAUUCUACAUUGUAUUGUCUGUGAUAUUUUUAUUGUGUUUAUUUAUCUACUUUUAUAUGUAUAUUUAUCCAUUAUUUUUAUUUAUAAUUGCAAUUAUGAUAACUGUGUACUAAUUAGAUACAAACAGGAAUGAUUUUGUCAAUGAUAAUCAUGCAAGAUAAUAAAAAAAAAAAAACAAUAUAAAACUGAAAAUAAGUCAAAAAUAAUGUAAAAAAUUUAAAAGAAUGUCAAGUUUAACUGGUAUUUUUAUGGUCUCACUAAUGAUUAUUUACGUCUCUAACUUUAAAAGGGUAGAUAUAUUUUGCCUGCACUGUCUGUUGGUAUCUUAUUUACAUUGCCUGCUACAACAUCAAAUCUCCUAGAUUUAAAAAAAACAUACUUUGAAACUUAACAUAUUAUCAAUUUUUAUUAAUUUUCAUUAAGGCUUUAGGUAUAAUUCAUAUCUUACCAGUUAUUUUACAGACAAAAAAAUCGUAAAUUUGUACAGUCAAAUGUAUAUCUGUUUUUAUUAAAUGCCUAAUACUUCAUAUAAAUUUCCCAAUGUGUUAAAUCUGACCAAACCAUUACUGCAUUUAUGUUUGUUUUUAUCUGUAUACUAAAUUUUUAGAGAAGAAUAAAGAAGUGACCACUUAU